AAUCAUUGUCGCCUUUUAGGAAGUAUUGCCACGAACCGGAUGUCAUCGGAUACUGUAGUAUCGGAAUUUGAAAUACUACUCGACGCUGGGAAAGAGCCGGUGUUCAAAGGCGGCGAAGUAAUCACAGGACAUCUCCGUAUAGAGUUACGUUCUCCCAUAGUCCUCAAUGCUGUUAAACUUCAACUCAAAGGGCGAGCAGCCUGGUUGAAUGAUCCUGUGAAGAAGGACAACAUCGAGAAGGUCUACUUCGAUCAAGAUUUUAUCUUAUUGGAACGGCCACCUGGAAAAGCGGAAGCGGGCCAUUUUGUAUGGAAUGCUGGAUUUCCGUACACGCUUCCCUUUGAAUGCCCUCUACCGAAGGGUUGCCCAACAUCCUACGAAGGACCUUAUGCGUUUAUUAGAUACUUCAUAAAAGCAAGCCUUGUGCACGAAGAAUCUGAUGGAAGAACAAAGGAGUAUUACGUGAAAAAAGCUUUCUCGAUAGUAUCACCAUCAGACGAGCACGUGAUUAGAGGAGAACCAGUUACGGUGAAAGAUUCUGUGACUUAUGGGAAAUGCUGCUGUAAAGGAAAGUUGGUGGCCGAAAUGUCAUUACCAAAGACUGGCUACUUGCCGGGUGAAAUGGUUGUUGGUAGCAUUAAAGUUGGAAACAAAUAUCCAAAGGACAUAUUGCAACAUAUGGAAGCACGACUAGUUGAUCGAGUUGUUCGUAUUGGAGGACCAGAAAAGUCGUCUACAUCUCCAUAUCGAACGCUUUUCUGCAGAAGAAUCGAAGUACCAGAGUUAGUAAAAGCGAAUCGAAAGCUUCAGAACGAUGAUCUUAACCUUCUUACCAUACCAGCGGUAUGCCCCUCCACAAAAGCGGAUUAUGAUCCGACCAAAGAGCUUCACUCAAUGUCACCCGAUCAAAUGGUUGAAAGCCCGUCUACAGCCACAUUGCGACAAAGAAGACAACCGUUUAUCAGGAUAGAAUAUGCCAUUCAGAUUUCCCUGGGAAACAUCGUUUUUCUUGAAGCGCCAAUUACCAUUGGAGAGUUGUCGACGCACGACUCGUCCAAUGUGCUGAAACCAUUCGUUGCCGGACCUCAACCGAUCGAAGAGGUUGACGAGACUCAAAGGAUCGCCAUCGGAGGACCAUUUACGUACACUCCCGUUUACACAAUGAGGAAGUCGAUUGCGUCGAACGAGGCCAAACCGACGUCAGAUGGUUUGCCGAGGCAAGGACCGACAAAGCCUGUGAUUGAAGAGCCUGUAACUGAACGAACAGAGCUGCUGAAACAUAACGCUUCUGAUAACGAUGAACCAGCGGAUGCUGCCGUGACCCACGUUGACACUUCGUCACAUCAUCAGCAAGUAGAAGAAUCGUCAGAACAAAUCGAACAUCCAGACGUCGCUGAAAGAAUCGUCGCUGAGGACACAGAGAACACAGAUAAUUCACCUGUUGUACGAGAUGCUGAUACCAAAGAGGGUGAGGAAACUACGGUGAUUACCGAGAUCACCAAAGAUAAUGGUACAAAUGUAAUACGAACAACGACAAAAACAAAACACCUCGAUGGAAGUGAGUCGACAAUGGUCCAAAUACACACAACAACGGCAUCAAUAACUCUUGAAGAUUAAAACGAAUAUUCUUCCAUAUAAUGCGUAUGUAAACUUAUGAUGCUGCCGACUUAUAAUCAAUACAGAAAAUUUCACAAACAUUUGUUUGGUUCAAAGACCUUGUACACAUCCGUUGAAAGACUUCAUUCUCUUAUCAUUUGUGGAACAAAGUAGCCGACUUCCUCAACCGUUGCAAAAAAAAGAAAUAGGUUUUCGAUGAUGUAUCGGGCAACUGCCGCGAGAGAAACCCUUUGUGAGACGAUGAACAGCAACUUUGCUCACUGUCUUCUUUACAAGUGUUUUGUUCGUUUGUUUGUGAAAAUUCUAUAUUCUGCAGUUAUUCUGCAACUAUGAAAUUUUGUUUAUAUAAAGGUGAUAAAAUUGUGUUGUUU